AUGUCAUCCGCAGCAGGAGGCUUGACUCGACGCCGCGGCGGCGGUGGAGGCGGCGCAGCUGCCGAGGGCGGCGAGACCAGCAACGGCGCCAGCCGGACCAACUCGACGAGCAACUUCAAGGACAGCGCCCCCGAGACGAGCUACGAGAGCGGCGAGAAUGGCCACAAGAUUGCCUUUGACCCCCGCGACAUCAGCGAGAGCGCCGAGCGCAGCAAACAGCCAAAGCUGACUCUGAUGGAGGAGGUUCUGCUGCUUGGGCUGAAGGACAAGCAGGGUUACCUAUCAUUCUGGAACGACAAUAUCUCAUAUGCCCUGCGAGGAUGCAUCGUCAUCGAGCUCGCGUUCCGCGGUCGCAUCAGCAUGCAGAAGGAUGCCUCGAGAAGGCGCUUCCCGCUGGCUGACCGCGUCAUCGAAGUUAUCGACGAAACCCUGACCGGCGAGGUGUUGCUCGACGAGGCAUUGAAGAUGAUGAAGCAGAGCGAGAAGAUGAGCGUGAGCUCCUGGAUCGACCUCAUGAGCGGAGAGACCUGGAACCUGAUGAAGAUCGGAUACCAAUUAAAACAGGUGCGCGAGCGUUUGGCCAAGGGACUCGUCGACAAGGGCAUCCUCCGCACCGAGAAGCGCAACUUCUUGCUCUUCGAUAUGGCGACCCACCCCGUCGCCGACGGAGGUGCCAAGGAGGAGAUUCGCCGCCGUGUCCGCAACGUCUUGACCCAGCGCACCGUAGUCCUCCCGGCAUCCCAAUUCCUGCCCGAGAACCUCGAGUUCCGCUACGUCCGCACCAUCGCCAUGGUCUGCGCUGCCUACGCGGCCAACGUGCUGGAGAACGCCCUCAGCACUCUCGGCCACGAGGCUCGCGAGCGUGCUUUUGCCCAGACGGACGAGCUCCUCGCCGACUACAGCCAGUGGCCGUUCGGAAAGAAGGCUACCGGCAAUGGCAUCGGUGCUAACCUGCCCCAGGUUAUUCAGGAGGAGGUCAGCAAGGGCAAGGACAAGGAACUGCAACUAGAGGUUGUUGCGGCUUGCCUCAGCGUCUUCACCCGCCUCGACUCCCUCCUGUAA